AUGUACAUCUACAACGGGAAACUCAAUUGGUAUGAGUACGCGGUCAAUGAAACCAUUACCGUCGUCUUUCCUGCUGGCUUCGCCUUGAACGAUCCAGUCUGUGCCUUUUGGCAAUGGACGGUGGACGGUGCAGGGAACAAGAAAGCAAUGACAACCCCGUUGGGUUUCAUCAAUACUGUCGAUACGAGCACCGGUUAA